AUGGGUUCAAAGCGCAAACAUCAAGCCGAGAAGGACUGCGCGCCUUCGCAGUUGCCCAGAAAGCGCAGUCGUCGCGACGUUCAGGAGACACGUGCAGUUUCCCAGAAUGAAAGCGGUCAAGAUAGGGGUGCCAGGCGCAGUCGUGGUGAUGACAUACCACUUCCUUACCCAAAGCGCGGGCAUAAGAAGCCCACGAAUAUUGCUGCGGAGCUUGCAAACCUUGCCGACUACAACGCGCCUCCCGAAAAGCGAUCGCGGAAGGAUGCCGUAGCUCAACUUACCGACGAUGAAAUGCCCAGAGCCAGGUCCAGCCGCAAUCGUGUCCGUGAUUUACGAACUUCAUGGUAUGCCGCUCAGUCUGCCAAUUUGAGCGAAAAGCUUCGUGUACAGGGUGCGCGCAUCACCAAAUCAACAACCACAGGCACCCACCGACGAAAGACAAGCUUCGAGGAGAAAGUCAGGGCAGAGGCUGAUAGAUUGGGUCCUUGGCUUGGUUGGGUAUCAGAGGAAGAGACAGACGAUGAGAGCGACGAGGAAGCCCAAUACGUGCCGCGCUCACAUUCUCGUCGGUAUCCACCAAAGAAGCCAGGUACUCAGAAUGCACCCUGGGGUGAUCUACCGGGUGAAGUCCGCAAUUUGAUAUAUCAAUACGCCAUGACCGACGAAGAGAAGAAGAUUUUGAACGUUCGCCACUACCCCGAAGGCGUACCUCGGCGCUCUGUUCGCGGCAUAGCUUGUCCGACAAACUUCGCGCAUUCAUAUUGGGGCUUCACUCAAACCUGCCGCCAGAUUCGGAAUGAGUUUACCCCUUGGCUUCUAGAGAAGCGUCGAGUCCGUACCGCGCUUGAGACCAUCAACGACUACGUCAACAUCUUCCAUCGACCAGAUAAAGACGGCGAGGUAGCAGGAUGGGUGGAGCCCAUCUGCUGCAGCGCACCACUCCCUCAACAUGGUGUUGAUAUUCUCUCCUUGUUGAAGCUUCGGGAAACCAGUUCAAGAUUUCAUCUUCAGCUGACUCCAACAACUGUAAGCGAAGCUCUAGACGCCUUGAUCAUGCCCACCGAUCCGGAUGACUUCGAUGAGCUGAAGAUCAUGCGGGAUAUGGCAAGAACGUUUCGCACUUGGUCACAGGAUAAUGUUAUCAGCUUGAUAGGCCUGGAUGGCAUCAACAUCACCUCGGUACCCAAAGGAUUGAACACUAUCACCAGUACCACUGAAGACGAAGAUGAUGCGCAGCAUGAGAUUCUGAUCAAGUUCAUCAUGAGACCAGGCCAAACGGAAAAAGCUCCUGAUAAAUACCGCCUACAUUGUCUUAACAAGAUUAUCUUCGCCUCUGAGCUCUCGAAAAGGACCGGUGUGAAGCUGAAGGCUUGUUUCGACACUGGCGUCGCGAAGUGGAAGGUUCGGCGCAUUGGGGUUGUCGACACGUGCUGGACAGCACGAGCUGGUGGCAGCAAGAUUUCCCGUCGUUUGAUGAAGUACUGUUAUUCUCCUGGCUACAAAGGAGAAAGCUUGGACUGA